UACUCAAUGGAGCUCACGAGCAGCAGCACCUGGCCAUGGCCAUGGGCAAUGGCCUCCUCCCUACUACUACUACUCAUCAGUACCCUGCAGCUCUUCUUGUCCCACAAGAAACGGCAGGGGCGGCUGCCUCCAGGCCCCCCGGCGCUCCUCUUCAUCGCCAAAUUCCUAGCGCUCCGGCGCCGGUCGGCCCUUGGGCUGGGCCCGCUUCUCCGGGGCCUCCACGCGCGCUACGGCCCAGUCGUCGCCGUCCGCCUCCUGGGCACGACGCGGGUCUUCGUCGCUGACAUCAAGCUGGCGCACCGCGUCCUCGUCAAGGGCGGCGCCACCUUCGCCGACCGCCCGCCGCUCGCCGAGCCCGCGGGGCUCUUCAACUCGGGCACCCGCGGCAUCAGCAACGCGCCCUACGGCUCCUACUGGGGCCUCGUCCGCCGCAACCUCGCCGCCCAGGCUCUGCACCCGUCCCGCGACGCGUGUUUCGCGCCUGCGAGACGGCAUGCGCGUGACGCCCUUGUCCGCGACCUGCUUGGCCAUGGCCGGGAUGGGGCGGCGGCGGUUGCGCUGAGGCCGCUCUUCCGGCGCGCAUUGUUCGAGCUUCUAUUGCACAUGACCCUUGGUGUGAAGCUCGGCCCGGAGAUGCUCGACGAGAUCCAGGAGCUGCAGCAGCACAUCGUUCGAGCCAUCUCCGGCUUCCCCUUCUUCUCCUUCCCGGCCAUCACCAAGAGGCUCUUCCGGCAGCGGUGGGCCCGGUAUGUGGCCCUGCGCCGGAGACAGGAGGAAAUCUUCCUCCCGCUGAUCCACGCCAGGCGAGACGACCGUGCCACCGACGAGGAGGACCCACCGUGCUACGCCGACUCCCUACUCUCCCUACGUAUAUCCGCGGAAGGCGGUCGCCCGCUCACGGACGCUGAGGUGGUCAGCCUCUGCUCCGAGUUCUUGAAUGGCGCGGCGGACACCACGCUCACCGCCGUGGAGUGGAUCAUGGCGGAGCUGGUCAACCACCCCGACAUGCAAUCAAAGGUCUACGAGGAGGUCAACAGAGCGGAUCGGCUAGAGCUCGACGAUGACCAGUCCAUGCCGUACCUCAAGGCCGUAGUUCUUGAGGGCUUGCGGCUUCACCCGCCGACAAACAUCCUAAUCCCGCACGCCGCUUAUGGAGAUGGAGCGGAGAUCGACGGCUAUGCGGUACCCAAGGGCACCGAAGUCCAUUUCCUGGUCUCCAACUUUGGGCGCGACGAGACGGUUUGGACGGCGGCGAUGGAGUUCCGGCCGGAAAGGUUCCUGGACGGUGGCGAGGGCCACGGCGUGGACGUCACCGGGACCAGGGAGAUCAAAAUGAUACCUUUUGGCGCCGGCCGCAGGAUGUGCCCUGCGUACAGGCUGGGCAUGCUGCAUGUGGAGUACUUUGUCGGCAGUCUUGUCAGAGAGCUGGAGUGGCUGCCGGCAGCCGAGGGGGAGGUGGUGGACAUGGCCGAGGAGCUGGAUUUCACGACCGUCAUGAAGCAUCCGCUCCGUGCUCGCGUCGUCCCAAGGACUACUUGAUCCUCGAUCUCAAGUUAAUUACAAGCCAGCGUGAUUUAUGUGCUUAAUUUUCGUAUUUUAUGCUAAAUAAAAAUUAUAUCUAAAUAUUUACUUGAGAAAAAAAUCACCUCAAAAGUAUAUGUCAAAGAGUUGUAUAAGUUUUUUUGUAAGAAGAAAUAAAGAAAAGGGCACGUCUUGCACCCUCUUUAUA